AUGAGCAAUAUCCGUACCAAAGGCACGGCCACACUACUUCAUGCCAGCUGUAAAGAAGGAGAUCCAUGCAACACUUGUCGUUUUCUGAAACAGUUUGAUGUUUGUGCUACAAAGAAUGCUAGAGAACCCCAUUUAUCCUGUCAUCAUGGCUUCAAAAGUGCACCCAUGGAGGCAAUUUGGCUGUUUUCAAUUACACUAGCAGAGAAUGCAGUCAUGAACAUGAAGAUGCAAGGAGAUACCGUCGAAGCGCUAGUGGUGCAUCGCUCAUUGGAGAAGUGUGUUCCUUCAACACAGACUGUCAACGAGGGAUGUUCUGUGGCGGAGGAAUAUGUCAAUGCUUGUCCAAUUUUGUCUCAAUUGAAAAACAUUGUUGGCCUAUUAUUCGUUCCAGAAGUCAAUCCGGGGGAACCUGGCUGUGUCGACGCAAGACAAUGUGAUGCAGUUUGGCCGGAAGCCACUUGCUCCAUUUCGGGAAUUUGCGAGUGCCCGGAAAAUACAGUGCCAAGUAAAACAAGGUCCGUAGUAACAGCUUCAUGAAU